UUCCCCCUCGAAACAAUAAUUUCUAUUUAUAUAGUACUUAUUGUCUUCCUGGAAUUGUUGUAAGUCCUUUACUUAUAUUGUCUUUUAAUCAUUGAAACAGCAGAUAGCAUAGAUACUAUAAUUAUCCCCCAUACUUGGGGAAAUUGAGGCACAGGUUAUUUAAGUGUCUUUACCAAAGUCCCACACCAGCAAGAGACAGAGCUAGGUUGGGGACCCAGGCAGCCAGACUCUUAAACACUGUACAUUGUUCUGUCUCAGUGAGUGAAUGACAAGGCCCAGGAAAGAGAACCCAUUGAGUAGUUUAAUGGUUCUAAUCCUACUCACUUCUCUCUUGAACUUUAGGUCAAAAAUGAUAUGAAGCUGAUUGUUCUGCUACCUGAAGCCUGAAGUAAACUUGGAUUAGGAAAAUGUCUCCCUGCCACCUUUAAAAUGAAAGGCUCUGACAAUGAUACUGAACCUCUUAAUCUCAAGUUUGUGUGCCUAGUGCACAGUAAGCUAAACACUGAGACAUUGGUGCUUGGAGAUGGAGAAAGGUUUAUUUGAGUUGGUCAAGACAAGAAGGUGGGAGCAUGGAUUCAUUCAAAUCUGCAUUAACCAGAGCAAAAAGAGGGAGUUUUACUGAAUUAAGGGGCUUGGCAGGAGGAGCUUUGGAAAAACGAAAAGGUCACCCCUGAUAAGCCCCUUGGCAAUCUGCAACUGCUGCUGGGGGCCGGCCAUCUGGUGAACACACCCUUCCCAAAGGCAUUCUCUUUCUUCCGCAAAACAAACUCAUACAUCCCCUGAGUCACCCCUCAAGUUAAAUAAGAAAACAGCAAAUUGACAAGUUUCCUCUAUGUCCGUGUUGGGAACAAGGUCAAAAGGCAACCAUAUUCUUAUUGAAUAUCUACAGUAACCCUCAGCUCUGUAUCACUUGGGUAUCUGCCAUAUCACUGUUGAUGUCAUCUUGGAUGUCAUGAGGAUGCAGCCAUUGGCAUUGCAGCCCACACACUGGGCAGUCCCCAGGAUUGCUUAAUGACGCUGGAGAAUUCUCUGGAUAAAGAUCUACGCUUCAUCUGUCAGCUGGAAGACCCAGGGGAAGGCCAAGGCGCAGGUGCCCACAUGAUCAGCACAGCCAGGGUACCUGCGGAUAAGCCAGUACGCAUCGCCUUCAGCCUUGAUAAUGCCUCAGAUGAUGCACCUCCUGAAGACGCCAUUCCUCUGGUCUUUCCAGAAUUAGAACAGCAUCUACAGCCUCUGCCGCCUUGUCAUGACUCGCUGGAAUCCAUGGAGGUGUUCAAACAGCACUGCCAAAUAGCGGAAGAAUACCAUGAGGUCAAAAAGGAAAUCGCUCUGCUUGAGGAAAGGAAAAAGGAGCUGCUUGCCAAGCUGGAUCAGGCGGAAAAGGAGAAGCUGGAUGCUGCUCAGCUGGCUCGGGAAUUCGAGGCGCUGACGGAGGAGAACCGGACGUUGAAGUUGGCCCAGUCACAAUGUGUAGAGCAACUGGAAAAACUGAGAAUACAGUAUCAGAAGAGACAGGGCUCCUCCUAACUUUAAAUUAUUCAAUGUAAGCCUAAGAGGUUGGUGACCGCCAUGCACUGGCCAAAAGAUUUUUAUUUUAAAGAGAUGGUGAAUAAAAUCUAUGUCUUCUCUUAUUACCUGCAUGGCAAAGGUCUAUAAUGAGUUUAAUGCUGGCCAGAUCUAGUUUGAGAGAAGGGAUAUUUUAUUUUAAGUAAGAGAAUUAAAGCGAACUUAUCACCAGUAUAUGUUUUCAGAGAUCGUAAUUCUUUUCCAAAGAUAUUUUUUGUCUUAUUUAGGAAGCUAUGAUGCUGUUGUACAUCUGGGUAGAAAAUGAUAAAAAUAGAAUAUUGACUGACUCCAUUAAGCAGCAGGAGCUGAACGGAAUGAAGCUGUGAGAUAAAGCAGAAAGAUGCUCCUUGCAGUGCCAGCUCUUGUAUUUUUAAAUUUCACAUCUUUGAUACUUCAACCAUGCUCAAAUCUGAACCGUCAGAAACCUCCCCGCAUGUAUUUACAUUCACCAGAGUUGGUUUAAUUCCUCAAUGAUUGAUUGUACUAAGAAUAAAUGGUUGCAUAUCACAAAAGCUUUCUCAUGAAAAUAUUAACAGAGAGGAUGCUGGUGCCGAUAGCACAUUUGCCAGUGCUAACUUGCUGGUGUAAUAAAAAGCUGAUAAGGCUGCAUUUUCUUUAUGGCGCGUUACCUCCCAGUAAACAUCUCUGCCUUUGCUUGUGUGUGUUCUGGGACAUGGGAGAAAUGGAAAAGUAUUAUGUGGAUAGUACUUUGGUGAGUUCCCCUGAAAACAUCAGUACAAUUAUAGCUAUUACUUUGGUUUGGAUUUAAGGAGAUGUUGUGGUCAGUAAUAACUAGUAGGAAUAUAUGAGUAAAUUCAAGAUUAAAAUGAUUUUCCCCUAAUUCUAUUUACCACCGUAUUUUCCCAAAUUGAUUUCUUUGUUUUAUGUCAAUUUCUAUUCAGGUAACUUCUUUUUCAUUAAACAUGGAUCAAAACGGUCA